UAAAUAUCCCCCCAACUACAUAAAUAAAAAAUCAUAAUUUGUAGUUUUCCACUUGUUUGUUGUAUUCAUUCAUCAACAUCAACUCCUGCUGCCAGCUCUUUCCCUUCCUUCUUCCUCUCCAACAUGGCCCUAUUCAAACCCUAAAUUCAAGAUUUAUGGAACAAUCUGAAUUCUGCUCAAUUUCAUCAUUUGACUUUGUUGCAAAGUUGAUUUCAUAUUUUCCCUUUUAGUCUUGACUUGAGUUAACAAGUCUUUUUCCAUAAAGGUACGAAGCUUUAAUGGCUGAAAGCUGGGAUGGGAAUCAUGAUCCUGGUAGCCCGUCCGAGGAGAGUUACCAUCUCGAGAGACUGCACAUAGAACCAAUUUAUGAUGCAUUUAUAUGUCCCUUGACAAAACAAGUAAUGCAGGAUCCUGUUACUCUGGAAAAUGGCAUGACUUUCGAGAGGGAAGCUAUUGAGAAAUGGUUCAAUGAAUGUAGGGAUAGUGGAAGAAAGCCUGUGUGCCCUUUAACGCAUAGAGAUCUGAAUAGCACGGAGCUGAAUCCAAGUAUAGCUCUACGGAAUACUAUUGAAGAGUGGAAUGCAAGGAAUGAAGCUGCACAAAUUGAUAUGGCUCGCAGAUCAUUAUCUCUGGGUAGUGGGGAGGGUGAUAUUAUGCAGGCUUUAAAGUUUGUCCAACACCUUUGCCAAAAAAGUCGCUCUAACAAACAUGUUAUCCGAAAUGCGGAGCUCAUACCCAUGAUUGUAGAAAUGUUAAGAAGUAGCAGCCGCAGAGUUCGAUGUAAAGCUCUUGAAACGCUUCUAGUUGUGGUAGAGGACGACAUUGAUAAUAAGGAAAUAAUGGCUGAGGGCGACAAUGUACGGACAAUAGUGAAGUUCUUAUCAAAUGAACAAUCCAAAGAAAGAGAGGCAGCCAUUUCUUUGCUGUACGAGCUAUCGAAAUCUAAGACUAUAUGCGAAAAAAUUGGUUCAGUUAAUGGGGCAAUUCUGAUUCUGGUUGGAAUGGCUAGCAGCAAAUCGGAGAAUCUUGUGACUGUUGAGAAGGCUGAGAAUACUCUGGAGAACCUGGAGAAGUGUGAGAUUAAUGUAAAACAAAUGGCUGAAAAUGGUCGGCUGCGGCCCCUCUUAACUCUACUGCUUGAAGGAUCACCAGAAACCAAACUUUCCAUGGCUGCUUUCCUUGGUGAGCUGGUUCUCAAUAAUGAUGUGAAAGUAUUGGUGGCAAGGACUGUUGGUUCAUCACUGAUCAACAUCAUGAAACAUGGUAACAUGUCAUCAAGGGAGGCUGCUUUAAAAUCUCUAAAUCAAAUCUCAUCUUACGAGUCUAGUGCCAAGAUCCUCAUAGAGGCAGGUAUACUUCCCCCUCUUGUGAAGAAUCUCUUCUUUGUUGGGGCUAACCAACUGCCCAUGCGACUGAAAGAAGUCUCUGCAACAAUCCUUGCAAAUAUCGUCAACUCAGGCUAUGACUUUGAUUCAGUUCCG